AUGCUAGCUAUAGGCCUAGAUUUAAUUAGUACGCUUUUAGCUAGGUCUUUAUCAAGAAAUUAUAUAAAGUAUAAGAGAGUUAAGGUAGAGUUUUAUUAUAUUAGGAGCUUAGCGUUAGCUUAUUUACUAGUAAGUAAGCUUUACUUUAAAAUAAUUACUAUUAAUACCUGUUUUUUAAUCUUUAGGCUUAUUAAGAAUAGCCUUAUAGAAGUUAGUUAUAUUAGUAAUCUUAGUAGUACUUAUAAUUUAGAUAUAGCUCUUAGUAGUAAGGUAGAGUCUGUCUACUACUACGUCUAUAUCUUGCCUUAUUAUAGGUAG